CGCCCCCUUGUUUGUGUGUGGAGAAGCAGCACAGCGGCUAAUGAUAGCAACGAACACCAACGGGGAAAAUAAUUUAAUAUUGUGUUCUCUGACACUCUUAGGGUCCUGUAAAAGUUACGAGAGGAGUUAAUUUUUCCUGUUCUGUGUUACAUUUUCUUUAAGAUUGGAGGAAUCUUUUUAAUCCCGUGAACGGGGACGCGGCCUGCUUAUGUAGCCGGCUUCCCGGUGCAGCUCAGGCGGCUUGCGCUGUCAGGAAAGCCCGGUGCUUCCGCUUGCUUUUUUUUUCUGCCGCGACAGAACCGGCGAAGCUUUUAAAUUAUUUUUACUGCUGUUGUUUUCAUACCAGGAAUCUAUCGUUUCACCGCCCCAUCUCGCUGAGCCGUGGGUGCCGGUACUUCUCACCUAAAAAGGACCAUUUAAACCCCGGAGCGGCCUGUUUUGUUUUCGAGCCGCCAUGAAUCUCUGCGAACAAUAACACAACCAUAAAUAACUAGCCUGCUGCCGCCGGGGCUGCACCGCAACUGGAGGGUUUAAUUAAUGCAUCAUGCGCUACAAGCUGUGGACAACACGAGAGGAAAAUGCAUGUGGAUAAUGGAUUCGUCUGUCGGAGCACAUCGCAAACCGGAGCACUUUAUCAUGUGAAUUUCGGAGCUGCUGCGAGUUAACCGGGCAAAAGCAGCGUCAGAAGGCGGAAGGAAACUGGCUCCUGUCCGGAGUUAACCAUCUUAUUUUUCAUGUCGUUUGGAAACAACCGGAGCUGAUGAGGAUAAACCGACAUUAUGUGCAUGAUAGGCCUUUUAGGAGCUGCUCCUUCUCCCCCGGACCGGGACAUCACGCCAAGGAUGUGACUGGGAAUGUGUAACAGGGAUUUCUCUGCGCUCAGACUGUUAUAUAUGUGGGAUUUACCGACGGAGAACUGACCGAGGUUACUGCCUCCAUCUAUGCUCUCUCCAAAGCCGCCGGACUCCCUCGACAAAUAUUUUUACCUCACAGAAAGCGGGAGUUGAUCGGGAGUUAAUUUAUCUCUGUGUGGUUUCCUUCCUCUCUUUCUUUUUUCCCUUUCUUUUUUAUGUGUUUUUAACGUACUGAUCCACUUAAACGGACCGAGCCAGCCAGCUGAGAUGAACCCGGUGAAUGCGACCGCUCUCUACGUGUCGGCGAGCCGCUCGGUGCUGCAGUGCGACCCCGGAGAUCCGCGGGAACUGGCGGAGCUCUGCAAGGUUUUGCCGUUUUUCCGCCAGUCCCUGUCCUGCCUGGUCUGUGGUAACCUGCUGCAGGACCCCAUCGCUCCCACCAACUCGUCCUGCCAGCACUACGUCUGCCGCGGCUGCAAAGGUCAGCGGAUGCAGCUGAAGCCGUCCUGCAGCUGGUGCAAGGACUACGCCCGCUUCGAGGAGAACCGCCAGCUCUCGCUGCUCGUCCGCUGCUACAGGAAGCUCUGCCUCUACAUCACGCAGUCGCCGCUGGCGCCGCACCUCUCCAGCGCCGCCGGCGACUCGCCGGACCUGCAGGCCAUCCUGGAGGAGGGGCUGGCGCUGGCCAAGAGCGAGCCGGAGUCGGAGGACGUCUCCGGGUCGCCGUCGUCGCCACCUAGGACCGCGGCAGACGAGGCUCCGCCCCCGACGGAGGUCAAAGACGAGGAGCGGGGCGCCACGGUGAACGGGCUCCACGACUGCAACGGCCUGGUGGGCUCGGACUCGCUGCAGCCUGUUGCCAUGGAAACGGGCGUAGCCAAGCAGGAGGGCUUCUCGGAGGAGCUGCCGGUGUGUGUGAGUGUGGCGGCCGGCGGGGGGGCGGAGCUCUGCGACAUCGGCCAUUUUGGGGAGGAGCUGAAGCACGGCGGGGGGUCUCUGCUGCUCAGCGUGGAGGAAGUGCUCAGGACUCUGGAGACGGACCCCACUGAGUCCGACUACCCCGCCCUGAACGGGCCGCACCGCCUCGACCUCGUCCUGGACAGCGGCCCCCGCCUGCCCCACCCCCACCUGUUGCCCCAGCCCUCCGCCGUCGCCCCCCAUGUCCCGCCGCGCUGCCACCGCAAGCGCUCCCGCUCGGAAAGCGACAGCGAGAAGGUGCAGCCCCUCAACAUCACCAGCCUCCUGCGGGGGCCCCCGCUCCCCGCCCCGCAGCACCACGCCGCCACCACCAAACACGAGCCCAGGUUCCCCAUGGCUGUGCCCCACCCCCACCUGGCACCGGUCCCCAACGGCGGCCCCCCAAGGGUCGGCAAGACGGUUCUGGUCCCCAACAAGGCCCUGAAGAAAACCAUGGAGCACCACGGGCCCAACAAGAAGCCCUACACCAAGGCCCGGCAGGGGGCCCCCAAACCGCGCACCCAGCCCCGCGACAGGGCGCCUCCCCACCCACACCCCCUCUCUCACCCGCCGAGCCCCUCCAAGCCGCUCUACAAGAAAGCCGUGGAGAAGAAAGGCUGCAAGUGCGGAAGAGCAACGCAGAAUCCAUCAGUGUUGACCUGCAGGGGGCAGCGAUGUCCCUGUUACUCCAACCGCAAGGCGUGUCUGGACUGCAUCUGCCGCGGCUGCCAGAACUCCUACAUGGCCAACGGCGAGAAGAAGCUGGAGGCCUUCGCCGUGCCGGAGAAGGCUCUGGAGCAGACCCGCCUCACGCUGGGCAUCAACCUCACCAGCAUCACGGCGGCCGCCCUGCGGAGCCCCGCCGCCGGCUCCCCGGGCGGCGCCCUCCUCAACGUCACCACGGCGACCGGCGCUCCCGUCUCCGCCGCCUUCCUGUCGGGCGCCGGCCACGACAACCGGGCCUUCGAGGAUUCGCUGGAGAUGCGGUUUGACUGUUGAAGGUGCAGCACUUCUUCCUACAUUCCCGGGUCGACCUGCAGCGGAGCCGGAACCAGAACCGGAACCAGAACCAGAACCAGAACCAGAACCAGAACCAGGCAGCUACACGGCGGGCGGUGCAUGUGGAGGAACACUGCAAAAAAAUAAAAUUUUACCAAGUAUUUCUGGUCUCGUUUCUACUGCAAAUAUGUUGACGCACUUAAAAUAAGAAAAAACAACUUUGAGGUAACUUUUCUGCAACAUAUAGGAGAUAAAUUUACUAAAUAAUUCAUUAAUUUAAAACUUAAGCACUAAAUUAUUUUACUUAAAACAAGCUCAUAUAUCAGGCAGAAAAAUUACUUGUAAGUUGUUUUAGUUUUAUUUAUCAUAAACUACGAUAUUUGCAUUUGAAACUAGACACACUUGGUGAACUUUGUGUUUUUGCAGAGAUGUAGCGUUACUGUGCGCAGAGGUUUCAUUUCACUUUUCUUUACUUCGUCUGCACUGCAAAUAUUAAAUCUUAUCGAGGAUUGUUGGUUUUUUUCUAGUGUAAACAUUUUAAUGCACUUAAAAUAAAACAAAGCUAACUUUAAAGUAGCUUUUCAGCAAGAUAAAAAGCUGGUUUUAAGUCAAUAAUUCCUUAAAAAUGAGGGGGGAGAAUCCUGUAGCUGAAAUAAUUCUACUUUUUUAUCAAUAUUAAAGAAUAAUCAGUUUUGUUUUAUUUUACAGUGGAAAAUAACCAAAAAAAACUCUGUAGGAUUUAGUGUUUUUGCAGUGUAUCGUGUUGAGCAUGACGUCGGGAUGUGUGUGUGUGUGUAUGUGUGUGUGUGUGUGUGUGUGUGUGUGAGGGCCCUGGUUUGGAGACGGAUACUUCAUCAUCAUCAGAGACUGGUGUAAUUUAUAUAAAGACUUUUUUUCUACAUCAGCGUUUUCUAACCAAUCAGGAGCAGAUCUGCUUUCAACCAGAAAGUUUUCACACCCUGCAGUCAGACGGAGGAGCCAAAACUUUCUGACCCGCUUAGCUGUAGAGCCAGGAUGUGACUUGAACCACCAGCCAAGGUUUAAUAUGCCUGUUGAAUGUUUAUACUCUGUGAGCCACUUAAGCUACUAAAUAUUACUCUGAGAUGUUGUAAACUUACAAACAUGUAUUUAAGUAGUAAAAUUGUGAAUUUUAAGUCUGGAGGAAAAUCGGAAAGAAAAAAAAAUCCCUGGUUUUGCUGUUUUUUAAAUGUCGUCAUUUUGUGUGUUUGUGAACAUGAAGCACUUUCUCACACUGGUCACACAGCUUAAAAACAAACACACACACACACACAGCGUGUUUCUGCUCUGAUGUGUUUAAAACCUCUGGUUGAUUGCAGACGACGCUGUGCGCCGUUUCCCCACGAGCUUCUGGUCCCUGCUGCUAAAAACCCAACAGGACGGAGAGAGGACUCUUCUGUUGCAUCGCAGUAUUUAUUCUUCCUCCGUCGCCCGCUCUGCCCCACGACCUUUGCCCUUUCUGUCUCGGUUCAGUUGCAGUCGCCUUCUUUUGUGUCUCUGAACUAUUUUUGUUUGUUUUCUCCCUCUGGGCAUUUAAAUAACUGUAAUAUAACUGUAACAUAUUUCCAUAAAAAAGAAAGGAAAAUCAGAAAAA